CUCACCCGCUCCGCUUCAGAUCCUCAAGAUGUCCGACCGAGGCGUGUUCGACACGGACGUGCAGACCCUGACCCGGUUCGUCCUGGAGGAGGGCCGCCGGGCGCAGGGCACCGGGGAGCUCACCAACCUCCUCAACUCCCUCUGCACCGCCGUCAAGGCCAUCUCCACCGCGGUGCGCAAGGCCGGCAUCGCCAACCUGUACGGCAUCGCCGGCAGCACCAACGUGACCGGGGACCAGGUGAAGAAGCUGGACGUCCUGGCCAACCACCUGGUGGUCAACAUGCUCACCUCCUCCUUCUCCUGCUGCGUGCUGGUGUCGGAGGAAGACGAGCACGCCAUCAUCGUGGAGCCGGACAAGCGGGGGAAGUACAUCGUGUGCUUCGAUCCUCUGGACGGCUCCUCAAACAUCGACUGUCUGGUUUCCAUUGGAACGAUCUUCGGCAUCUACAAAAAGACCGGCGACGGCGAGCCGACUGAGAAGGACGCUCUGCAGCCGGGGAGGAACCUGGUGGCCGCGGGCUACGCUCUGUACGGCAGCGCCACCAUGAUGGUGCUGUCCACCGGCCAGGGGGUCAACUGCUUCAUGCUGGACCCCGCCAUCGGUGAGUUCAUCUUGGUGGAUCGAGACGUGAAGAUCAAGAAGAAGGGACAGAUCUACAGUCUGAACGAAGGCUACGCGAAGCACUUCGACCCCGAGGUCACCGAGUACCUGCAGAAGAAGAAGUUCCCGGAGGAUGGCUCCGCCCCUUACGGCAGCCGAUACGUCGGGUCCAUGGUGGCCGACGUUCAUCGUACUUUGGUGUACGGAGGAAUCUUUUUAUACCCCGCCAACGCCACGAGUCCCAAGGGCAAGCUGAGGCUGCUGUACGAAUGCAACCCCAUGGCCUUCAUCAUGGAGCAGGCGGGGGGCGUGGCCUCCACGGGCGCCGGCCGCCUGCUGGACAUCCAGCCCACCGACAUCCACCAGCGCGCCCCCGUGGUGCUGGGCUCCCCCGACGACGUGCAGGAGUACCUGGACAUCUGCAAGAAGCACCGCAAGUGAGCUCAGUGAACCUCCAGAGGCCUCCCCAUCCCCCGAGGAGCCGACCAGCGCUGCUCCUCCCUCUGGAUGCUCCUCCCUCUGGCUGCUCCUCCCUCUGGCUGCUCCUCCCUCUGGAUGCUCCUCCCUCUGGCUGCUCCUCCCUCUGGCUGCUCCUCCCUCUGGAUGCUCCUCCCUCUGGCUGCUCCUGCCUCUGGCUGCUCCUCCCUCUGGCUGCUCCUGCCUCUGGCUGCUCCUCCCUCUGGAUGCUCCUGCCUCUGGCUGCUCCUCCCUCUGGCUGCUCCUGCCUCUGGCUGCUCCUCCCUCUGGAUGCUCCUCCCUCUGGCUGCUCCUGCCUCUGGCUGCUCCUCCCUCUGGAUGCUCCUGCCUCUGGCUGCUCCUCCCUCUGGCUGCUCCUCCCUCUGGCUGCUCCUCCCUCUGGAUGCUCCUGCCUCUGGCUGCUCCUCCCUCUGGCUGCUCCUGCCUCUGGCUGCUCCUGCCUCUGGCUGCUCCUCCAUCUGGCUGCUCCUGCCUCUGGCUGCUCCUCCCUCUGGAUGCUCCUCCCUCUGGAUGCUCCUCCCUCUGGAUGCUCCUCCCUCUGGCUGCUCCUGCCUCUGGAUGCUCCUGCCUCUGGAUGCUCCUCCCUCUGGCUGCUCCUCCCUCUGGAUGCUCCUCCCUCUGGAUGCUCCUCCCUCUGGCUGCUCCUGCCUCUGGCUGCUCCUCCCUCUGGAUGCUCCUGCCUCUGGCUGCUCCUCCCUCUGGCUGCUCCUGCCUCUGGAUGCUCCUCCCUCUGGAUGCUCCUCCCUCUGGCUGCUCCUGCCUCUGGAUGCUCCUCCCUCUGGCUGCUCCUCCCUCUGGCUGCUCCUGCCUCUGGAUGCUCCUCCCUCUGGAUGCUCCUCCCUCUGGCUGCUCCUCCCUCUGGCUGCUCCUGCCUCUGGAUGCUCCUCCCUCUGGCUGCUCAGGGUCUUUGUAUAUUUUUAAAUAAAAGCAAAUGACGAGA